AUGACAACAUCUAUGCCUACACCAGUACCCACACCAACACGUCAGCAUUCCUCUGAUGAGACAGAGAGAACAGAACGGGGUCUGGGACCAGAGUUGACUGAGGCAGAGGCAGUAGAGUGGGAUGAGGAACUGGAUAUCUAUGAUGCAAAUGAAGUGACCAUUUGGGAGAUCGUCUACCAGACAAUCAGCCCCACAAUGCUCAUCCAGAUUCGGGAUGCAGCAACAGCACACCAGCUAUGGAUGAAGCUAUCGGCCAUACAUGAGAACAAGGGUUUUGAUGAUUCAAUACAACCACUCAAGAAUGCCAUAUGGGCUGUUCAACUCCCCAACCCAGACACUUGCCUCACUAGUGGCAUGGUGAUAUCCACCAUUUACAAUGAAUAUGACUGGCACUCCUCAGAGCAGGAAGUGGACAAGGUCCAGUCAAAUGCUGCACUGGGAGCAGAGAUGCGAGGGAGGAAUAAGGGGAAGAGUGGAUUCAGUGGGAGGAAGGGGAGCAAGCCCAAGCCAAAAUCAGACAAGCAUUGCUCCAACUGUGACAAAGAAGGGCACAUCUAUGAAGACUGCUGGGCCCCAGGAGGACCCAGAGAAGACAAAGCACCAUACAAAUGUUGCCAACAGCAGAAAGGCAAGACCAUUGCCACUGCUUCCACCAAAGUCAAGUUGACAUCCAAGAAGACAGCACUUGCUAUCACAGCACCACUGCUCCAUGAAGAGCCAGAAGCAGCUGCUGCAGCCCAGACCAGGAAACUGUACUAUGGCAUAAUCCUUGACUCUGGAGCCAGCAUCCACAUGUGCCCUGACUCAAUUGGCCCAGGUGAUGUGGAGCUCAGCCUACCUAUGGGUAAUGGCAAGAGCACUGAAGUCAUGCUGAAGAAUGCACUGUAUACACCUGGCACAGCAUACAGCAUGAUCUCUGUCCCCAUGCUUGAUGCCAAAGGAUUCAAGACAGUGACAGAAGAUGGCCUCUGUACACUGUACAUGCCCAGACCUAGAUGA